GCUGCAAAACAUCAUGCUUAAGAAAAAACCACCAUCAGCAGCGGCAAAGCGGGAGAGCAAAGAGUUAAAACCACAGAGCGACCGCGGCAUUCCCAGCUUUCUGCCAGCCAGGCUGGUGGUUCCUGAAGAUGUUGGAGAUCGCUGCAGGAAAAGAGAAGGGGAGCUCUAAUAAAGGGUGCACCUUCCUCCGUGGCUGCUCCUCCCUCCAGCUGGGCUUUGCUGGAUGGUGGGUGCUUUAAGCCACCUGGGGAGGCGGCUUGUGCUAGGAGCCAUCCGGAGGGGGAGGCGGGGAUGGUGAUGUCAGGGGCACAAAUACCCUGAGUUCGCACAAUCCUAAGCAGGUCUGGUCAGAAUUGAGUCCUGAAUUCAAGUCUCAGUCCAGGAUCUCAUGUCCUCCAGGCUCCUAGAAUGGAGCAGGAAGAGGAUCUGAUUACCCAGAGUUCAAGAGAUCUACCUGAGGCUCCUAGAGGACACAUAGCAAGCGGUGGGCCUGGGAUGGGGGGACUUGCAGGCGAGCCGGCCCCUUACAAGUGCUCCGUUUGCCGAAAGAGGUUCAACAAGACAUCCAACCUGGUCCAGCACGAGAAGAUCCACACGGGCGAGAAGCCCUACAAAUGCUCGCAGUGCGGGAAAAGGUUCACUCGGAGCAACAACCUGGCCGAGCACGAGAGGAUCCACACGGGAGAGAAGCCUUUCAAAUGUCCCGAGUGCGGGAAGACCUUCAACCGCAGCUCCAUUCUCCUCAGGCACCGGAGGAUCCAUACGGGAGACAAGCCCUACAAGUGCCCCCGGUGCGGGAAGAGUUUCAACGAGAGCGCCCGGCUCCGGGUGCACCAAAGGACUCACCUGACGGAGGUGGCCUACCUCAUCGACAGCAACGGGGAGGCCACGGCCAUCGACACAAGCGGCGUGGCCCACAGCUGCUCCGACUGCGGCAAGACCUUCAGCCUCUACUCCAACCUGACGAAGCACCAAAGGAUUCACACGGGCGAGAAGCCGUACCGGUGCGCCCAGUGUGGGGUCCACUUCAGCGAGGCCUCCAACCUGAUCCGCCACCAGAGGUACCACGCGCGGGACAAGCCCUUCCAGUGCCCCAUGUGCCAGAAGAGCUUCGGCCAGAGCUCGCACCUCAUCCAGCACCAGCGCAUCCACACGGGCGAGCGGCCCCACAAGUGCCCAGACUGCGGAAAGAGCUUCAUCGAGAACUCAACGCUGAGGAAGCACCAGCAGAUCCACACCGGGGAGAGGCCCCACCGGUGUGUGGAGUGCGGCAAGAGCUUCAGCCUCAGCUCCCACCUGGUGACGCACCAGAGGAGCCACACCGGGGAGCGGCCUUACAAAUGCGAGGAGUGCGGGAAGGGCUUUGCCGACACGUCCUCCCUCAUCAUCCACCGGCGGAGCCACACCGGGGAGAAGCCCUACAAGUGCGACGUGUGCGGCAAGGCCUUUGUGCUGAGCUCCGUCUACCUGAACCACCGCCGGACUCACACCGGGGAGAAGCCUUUUGGCUGCCCCGACUGCGGCCGCGCCUUCCGCCAGUGGUCGCAGCUGGUCAUUCACCGGAGACUCCACACGGGGGAGCGGCCCUACAAAUGCCCCUAUUGCAACAAGGGGUUCUGCGACAGCUCCACCCUGACGAAGCACAAAAGGACCCACACGGGAGAGAAGCCAAACACGUGCGCCGAGUGCGGGGUGAGCUUCGGCUCGAAGGCGCAGCUGGUGGAGCAUCAGGCGCUGCACGGGGGAGAGGCGUCCGCUCUGGCUAUCCUGUAGCCCUCAGCUGGCCAUUGAGAACCUUGCCUUGGAGGUCCAGAUGCCGUUGGACUCUUCUUCCCAUCAUCCCUGGUAGCUGUGGCCAGUGGUGAGGGAUGAUGGGAUUUGUAGUCUAUCAACAUCUGGAUGCGCCAUUCUUGCCUUUAUUUUUGAGAUAGCUCUACUGGCUGGGAUAGCUCUACUGGCUGUUUGCUCACCUCUGUAUUCAUUCUUGACCCUUUGCCUUCCAGUGCCAGUGAGCAUGGCAACUUUCGCCCCGUCGCUUAGUGUGAGGUGCGUUGGUUGCUGGGCAUGCAAACAGGUAUGAGAUGAAGGUGGACAUCGGAGUGGUGACUGGUAAUGUCACACAGGCAUUGAUGCCUGCCAGAAGCAGGGGAAAGCAGAGGUGUUCCCCUCAUUGGUUUCCACAGAUGGGCACAUAGGUGGGGGCUCCUUUCACAAACAGGCUAUUAUCCUCCCCUCACUCUUUACUUUCAGAUGAUGCUCCUAUGUGCACCAGCAAAACAGUGGACAGACUCACAAAGUAUGGAACGUUGAAAGAUGCACACUUGAGAUUUUUUUUUUUAAAGGAGUAGAAAACCUGUCCUCUGUUUUUUCUCUGUGUAGAAUUUUGAGAGUAUAAGAACAGAAAUUUCUCUAGCAUAGCACUGUUAUUAAGGGUUAACAAUUACCACAGCUGCUAUUUUUUCCUGCAUUCCACUUGGUGCUACAAAAUAUUUUUCUUCUCCUUGUGAAAGGAAUAUCCCACCAUCCAUGGAUUUCACGGAAGAGACCCAAUGUGCCAAUUCAGUGUGUGUCCAUAAAACUUUUUU